AGACUUGGAUUUUCGUUUAUACAUUGACAGUUGCAGUAUCAGAUAGCAGUGGGACGGUACUUUGUGCUAUCAGAUAGCGUAUCAAUGGACUAAUUUAGUUAUUAGAGACUCUUUCUAUAGCUAGGCGGUACCGCAGGAUACUAUACUUCAUACGUCACACAAAGAUCGAGUCACCGCCAUAAUGAGCUGGGACGAUCACGUAAAAAGCCUUAUGAAGGGGCCGGGAAUGCAGAUGGCAGGUAUAUUUGGAAUGGACGGAAACCCGUGGGCCAAGUCGGCCGGCUUCAACCCCAGUGUACCGGAAGUGGCACGGCUAGUACGUCUCGUGCAGGGUGGCGAUCCCGGCGGCGAGGGCAUCACGCUGUGCGGGAUCAAAUACAUGUACCGGAGUCCCGCCGAUGACGGCCUGUUGACGGUGCUUUCGCUUGGUGGGGAAGAGAAAUAUGUGUGCAACGUGUGUCAGUCAACCAAGGGCGUUGUGCUGGGAGUGUCCCUGGCGUCAAGCGCCGGCGCCUCCCGCGAAUACAUGGACAAGUAUAAGAACUAUCUAAAAGGCAUAGGCUACUGAGUGGAGUAAUUUGGACUCCCUGUUCGUUUAGUUCGAUUGUGCAAUAACUGUGCUUGAACAUAGUAUAUAUGUGUGUGUUUAUAUAAAUUGAAAACAAAUAUGCUCAUUUGAACAUCUGUAAAUAAUGCUCUAUAUUUAAAAUGUAAUAAAACAAUUGGUAAAUAGGCAGUGCAGUACACGUUUAGUAAAAAUAAGCUUUGUAUGUGAUACCUGGUGAAUGCAUGUGUUUUUAUGUAUUGUAUAGGUUUGCAAAGGUACACACAAAAUGUACAAUAAUGCACACGGUUUUUAGUUAUAAAAAUUAAUCAAUUAAGUAUUUUUAAAAUAAAAAGAAUAAAAUAAAAAGAAAAACAGGCAGGCUUUUUUUGAAAGAUGGAAAGCGAUUUUCGAAAUGACGCAGAAACAGGGGAUGCAACUAUAGCAACGCGAAAUUAACGUCCCUGGAGGAGUAGACGAACUUUGUAAUUGAAAAAUUCAUGUGUAUAUACGUAUACGUAUAGGCCUCAGGUUAAAUGCUUAUGCGUAAAGUGUUAUCCCAGAUAAGCAUGUGCAAUCAGCACGGGCAAAUCAUUGACGACACUUUCCGUUUAUGCUUUAUUUGCGUUUAUAAGAAACAACACUAUUUUAUUCGAUUCCAAAAAGAUAAGUACAUUAACUACGGAAUAGCAUCAUAAUAUAGUGUGUAUCAUCAUAUUUAAAAGUGUCGAUUAGGUCAUGGCAACAGGGGACAGCAGCGACCUGGCGUGGGAUGCGCGAUUCAGAUCCGUAGACGCGGAGAAAACAACUUUCGCAGUACCAACGCAAAACCGGUUUGUUAUACCCAGUGGGCGGGGAAAUGGACAGGAAGAUCGUGACUACAAACGGAAAAAAGUAUGUAGCGAUGGGAGCACGGGAGAUGAGCGCGAUUGCGAAACACAAACCCAACGCUUUGUUAACCUUACUACCGACGAAAAACUAUUGUGUUUAUUCGAAGCAAUUAAUCGGAACUUCGAAAAAAUUGACAACACUCAAUCUAUAAAUAACCAGUGCUUAGAGCAAGUCAAACAAGUAAUCAGUCGUGUAGAACGAAAUGAACAAAACAUCGAUAUCCAUACUCGAAAACUACAGAUGCUCUCAUAUAAAUCAAUAGACCUGGAAGCCCGAAGCAGAAGAAAUAAUUUGAUUUUCUGGGGAAUUUCAGAAAACAUGCAACAUACCACCUGUAGGGCCCUUAUUCAAACAUUUGUACAGAACGAACUAUAUAUUGACCCCAGUGAAAUGUGCAUAGAAAGAGCACACCGUCUUGGUAGUACCAGAAACACACCAGUGAAAUACAGAAAUGACCCCAAACGCCCAAUUAUUGUGCGAUUUCGUGACUUUUAUGACACAGAAACAAUCCUAGAACAUGCAUACCAACUUAGGGGAACCAAUUUUCGAAUCGACAGAGAUUACCCUAUAGAAAUAGAAGAAGCCAGGAAACACCUAAACCAAAUGGACGAAACGAAGACAGCCCGUGUAAACCGAGACAAAAUUCAAAUAAAAUAUCCAGCGAAACUAUCCAUAAACGGACGACCCAUAAAAGACAUGUUCCCAGAGUGGUACGAACUCCUUCGAGAAAGUAGGACAACGGGUUUCGAAAAGUUUAACAACACAAGCACCCUAAACUGCCCACCCCCACAAAAUGCUCAAACAGAACUCACUACUUCAGCGACAUAUAAACAUCACCAAAGUCCGGGCAGAGAACAAAACGCGCAGAUCACACCAACAAUCACAAACGAUAAAAACUUAGAAACGGAAGUUUUUCACGAAACACAGUCGGAGACAACUAUGAGCCACGCCCACUCGACAGACAAACCACAAAAUCGAGAGCAAUCGCACUAAUUGGCAGCCGAACCACCGCAUAGGGAACAAACACCAGAGAAUUGGUACAAACAACCGAAAGCAACAACACAACAUAUACGCACGGCAUCGGCAUCUAGAGGACGAACGACCACAAAAUCCAAAAACGUUAAUGCACUCUCAAAUGUCCUCAAUAACACUAUGAAAAACAAAACUACACAAGGACCGCCGACGCCACGUGCAACGCAAAGAAACCGCUCCGCUUCUAUAAAUAGAAACACGGGGAAACCCAAACUCAAUACACCACCCAAAGAUGUAAACAAUUCGAUUCCAAUAAACACACCAAAUGCUGGGACAAACCAGGAACACCCACGCACAGCACAAUAGGAAAUACAGGAGAAAAAUGGACUCGAUUUCUGCCUUUGGAAUAUUCAAGGAUUAAUUGGAAGAAGAUUUGACAAAUUAAACAACAGUGAAGAAGUGCAAUCAUUAUUUUUGAAUAAAGACAUAAUUUUGUUAACAGAGACUUGGUUGAACAAACUCCACAAUUGCACAGUGGACGGCUUUUCACAUUUUAUACUGAACAGAACUAACAAGCAUAAAAAUGCAAAAAGAGACAGUGGUGGACUUAUUAUAUAUGUUAGAAAUAAUCUAAAACAAAAUGUAGAAUUGCUUAAAUAUAAAAAUGAUAGAA